AUGGAUGGGAAAGACAAUGAUGAAUGGAAUGAUUAUUCAAAUUCAUUGAUGCUAUAUGAAAGGAUAGAAAAAUUAUAUAAUGAUCAUUUGAUUGAAAAAAGUAAAUUAAAUGAAGAGAAUAAAGAGUUAAUUAAUAAUAAUGUGGCCCAUAUUCAGAGGGAAACAAAAAAUGUUUUUAGAAAUAAGGAUAUGAUUAAGGAAAGUAUGUAUAAUUAUGAUAUAAAAAAUUAUUAUAAUGAUGAAUUUAUAUUAAAAAAAAAAGUGAUGGAGUUAUCGGAAGAUAUUAUGAAAGGUAUAGAUUAUAUUUAUGAUAUUUUUCGUUUAUGUAAUGAGAGUAAUGUCUUUUUAUCAUUUAAUGGUGGAAAGGAUGCUGUUGUUAUUUUACAUUUAUUUCGAUGUGCAUAUGCAAAAUAUCUUAAGGAUAUGAAUAUCAAAAGAAAAAAACCACACCUUAUUUAUUUUAAAGAUGAAAUGAAUGAAUUUCCUGAAGUUUAUCAAUUCUUAAAUGAAAGUGCUUUUAUGUUUGAUUUUCAUAUAAGUAUAAUCAAAGGAACUUGGAAAAAUGGUAUUACUAAUUUUAUAAAAAACGUUCAAAAAAAACAUCAAACUACUAUUAUAGAUCAAUUGAAAAUAAAUUCUAUUGAUUCAACCAUAUUUCAUUCUACAUUAGCUUUUAUAAAUGGUACAAGAUUUAAUGAUACCAAUACUGAAAAAUUACAAAUUUUAAAUGUUAGUUCAAGAGGAUUACCACCAUAUUUAUAUGUUAAUCCUGUCUUUUAUUGGACCUAUGGUGCCAUAUGGACAUUUAUACUUUAUUUUAAAUUUAGUUAUUGUAUUUUAUAUGAUCAUGGAUAUUCUUCCAUUGGUUCAAUAAAAGAUACAGUUAAAAAUGAAUUUUUAAAAUGUAACGAUUGUUAUUUACCUGCUUAUUUCUUGAAAAAUUGGAAUUAUGAAAGAUAUAAUAGAAUACAACCAAAUGACAAAUAA